AUGAUAGACGUCGUAAGUGGAGGGGCAUCGGUAGAUAAGACUUCGGUUGCAGCUCGCAACUUGAUUGAAAACAUGGCUGCCAACUCUCAACAAUUUACAACAAGGCAAAACUCUUGUGUUAUCAAAAAUGUAAGUGAAGUACAAGUUACUAAAUCUAGUAAGCUGCAACACAAACUUGAUGAGUUAACAUCCAUAGUAAAGCAAUUGGCUUCCAUGCAAAAUAGUGUUGCUGCAUCUUUACCUCUUCCACCAUCUAUUCCAGGCAUGCUAUGUGGCAUUUGUUCAGCUACAGACCAUUACACUGAUAGUUGUCCUACACUGCAAGAGUCUGACGCUUUAAAAGUGAUGCAAGUGCCCACAAUGCCUAAGGAGAAAGAAGACUUAAGUUGUACUGUAGCUAGAGUUGAUCAACAUGGAGAGGAAAAGAUUCAAGAACAACCAGAAUCUAUGCCUGCCCAACCCAAGGAAGCAAAAAAUGUUGAAAGAGCAAUUCAUCUAUCAUUCCCUCAGAAAGUCAUCCAGCCAAGUAAGAAGAUUGAAGAGGCUGAGAAAGAAAUUUUAGAGACCUUCAAGAAGGUAGAGGUGAACAUACCCCUACUAGAUGCAAUCAAGCAAAUACUCAAGUAUGCCAAGUUCUUGAAAGAUUUGUGUACUCACAGGAGGUGUCUUAAGGGUAAUGAAAAGGUAAACAUGGGUAUGAAUAUUUCUGCACUCUUUGAGAAACUAAAGUCCACAAUGCUUAAGAAAUGUAAGGACCCAGGAACAUCCACCAUCCCAUGCAUCAUUGGUAAUAAUAGGAUUAAGAAUGUCAUGUUAGAUUUAGGAGCAUCCAUAAAUAGCAUGCCAUUGUCCAUUUUCACUUCACUAUCUCUUGGCCCUCUACAGCCUACAGGUGUAGUUAUCCAGUUAGCCAACAGGAGCAUAACAAACGCAGUUGGGAUUGUUGAAGAUGUGCUAGUCAAAGUAAAUGAUCUUAUCUUUCCAGCUACCUUCUACAUCCUAGAUAUGCAAAAGGGAGUAUCAAUGAAGAGUGUUGAACCCAUUAUCCUAGGAAGACCAUUCUUGAAGACCGCAAGAACAAAAAUUGAUGUGCAAGUCAGGACACUCACUAUGGAGUUUGGGGACAACAUUGUGCGCUUCAACAUAUUGGAUACCAUGAAGCACCCAUCUGAAGAACAUUAUGUCUUCCAAAUUGAUUUUGCCAAAUCACUUCCUUUUGUGGAGCAACAUCCCAUACUGGAGCUCAAACCCUUGUUAGAACAUUUGAAAUAUGUCCAUUUAGGAGAAAAUGAAAAGCUUUCAGUGAUAAUCUACACCAAGAUGAAUAUUGAUCAAGAGGAGAGACUCCUUGAAGUGAUAAAGAGGCACAAGAAAGCUAUAGGCUGGACCCUCGGUGAUAUUCUUGGAAUCAGCCCCUCUUUAUGCAUGCACAGAAUACUGUUGGAGGAGGUGCUAAGCCAGUGA